AUGGAGGUUUAUCGCAUUAUCCUUGUGUCGCUCUCCGGUCUUACAUUCUUCAUCUUGUCAUGUUCUUCUGCAGUAGAUAGAGUACAUAUAAACCAACCAAUCAAAGAUGGAAACACCAUUGUUUCACAUGGUGAGAUGUAUGAACUCGGGUUUUUUAGCCCAGGAAAGUCCAAGAAUCGCUACCUAGGAAUAUGGUACAAGAAGAUAUCAACUUUUACCGUUGUAUGGGUUGCCAACAGGGAGACACCAAUCAGCGACACAUCUGGUGUCUUUCAUAUGACUAAAGAAGGAACCCUACUGAUAUCAAGUGGAAACAAUACGCUCAUCUGGUCAUCCAACUUGACUAUAUCUUCUGUUAUUAAUCCCGUUGCACAGCUUUUAGACAAUGGAAAUCUUGUGGUGUGGGAUGAGUUAUAUACAAACAAAGAAAAACUCAUCUGGCAAAGUUUUGAUUACCCUGGUAACACUUUACUUCCAGGAGUGAAACUAGGGAAGGAUUUGAUAUCAGGAAGAGAGUGGUUCUUAACAUCAUGGAAGAACCCUAAUGAUCCUUCUAAAGGUUUGCAUAAAUUUUGGGUAGACACAAAUGGAUAUCCACAGAUUUUUGUGGGAGAAGCUCAAGAUGUUCAAACGUGGAUCAGGAUUGGACCAUGGAAUGGUAUUGGGUUUCAAGGUCUUCCUGUAGACAACAUGAAUCCAAUUUUCUACAUAGAAUUUGUUCUCAAUGAGAAAGAAAUAUAUUAUACAUAUAAACUUAAGAGUACAACGUCUAUUCAAAGAUUUGUUUUGGUGUGGGAUGGCAUGGCACGAAGGCUACAGUGGAUUAAAAGAACCCAAGAAUGGGUCGGGUAUGGGAAUGUGUUAGUUGAUUCUUGUAGUCGUUAUGGACCAUGUGGUCCUUUUGGAAGCUGUAGCAUUAAAAGUUCUCUUCCUUGUAGUUGUUUGGAAGGUUUUGAACCAAAAGUCCCUGAAGAAUGGAAUGCAUGGGAUUGGUCAAAUGGAUGUCAACGUAAAAAGCCAUUAGAUAAUUUAGAUUGUAGGACUUCGGAUGUGUUUCAUAAAAUUUCAGGAGUGAUUUUUCCAGAUACACGGGGUUCAUGGUAUAACAAAAGUAUGAAUCUUGGAGAAUGUGAGGUGGUUUGUAGAAUGAAUUGUUCUUGUUCUGCUUAUGCUCAUUUAGAUAUCAGAAAUGGUGGAAGUGGAUGCUUGCUUUGGUUUGAUGAGCUUAUGGAUAUUAGAGAAUAUGAUGAUGAUCAUCAAGAACUUUACAUAAGAAUGGCAGCCUCUGAGUUAUCAGCAAAAGAGAAAUUCAGCUUCAACAAGAAGGGAGAACUUGCCAUGGUGCUAUCAGUUUCAUCAGUUGCAUUGCUUCUGGCUGCAGCAGUAGUAUAUGCAUGUAUUAAGAGAAUGAAAAGGCUUCAUAAAAUGGGAAGAGGAAGCAAGGAUAGAGAUCAUACGGGUGUUCACAUGGAAAACCUUGAUGAGCUACCUUUUUUUAGCCUUCAUAAAAUAGCCGAGGCUACCAAUAACUUUAACAUUGAUAACAAGAUUGGAGAAGGUGGUUUUGGUCCCGUUUACAAGGGUGUGUUGGAAAAUGGGAGAGUAGUUGCUGUAAAACGUCUCUCAGAAACAUCCCAACAAGGACUUGAUGAGUUCCAAAAUGAAGUCAUUUGUAUUGCCAAACUUCAGCAUCGGAAUCUUGUGAAGCUCCUUGGAUAUUGCAUUCAUGGAAAUGAAAGGAUUCUAAUUUAUGAAUACAUGGAUCACAAAAGCUUGGACUCGUUUCUAUUUGAUGAAACUAGAAGUUCGAUGCUUGAUUGGCCUCAACGCUUUCACAUUAUCCAUGGUAUAGCUCGGGGUAUUCUUUAUCUACAUCAAGAUUCACGCCUUCAAAUCAUCCAUAGAGAUCUCAAGGCAGGUAAUAUCUUGUUGGAUCGUGAAAUGAAUCCAAAGAUAUCUGACUUUGGCCUAGCUCGAAAGUUUGUAGGACAAGAUGCCAUUGCUAAGACAAAGAAGGUCCUUGGAACACAUGGAUACAUUUCUCCGGAGUAUGCAGUACAUGGGCGUAUCUCUAUAAAGUCAGAUGUAUUUAGCUUCGGUGUUGUUGUGUUGGAGAUUGUGAGUGGGAAGAAAAACCGAGGAUUCUCUCAUGAGGGUCACAGUGACAACCUUCUUGGACAUGCAUGGAGACUAUAUAAAGAAGACAAGUCCAUUGAACUUGUGAGCACAUGUUUACGUGACUCUUGUGUCAUGUCUGAAGUACUACGAUCAAUACAUGUUGGAUUAUUGUGUGUGCAACAUCAUGCAGAAGAUAGACCAACUAUGUUGUCAGUAGUUCUAAUGCUGAUUAGUGAGGGGGCAUUGCCUUCACCUAAACAACCAGCUUUUUUCACCGAAGAUAGUUACCAUGAAGUUGAUAAUGUUUCAUCCCCAAAGGAAUACACGAUUACAUUAUUACAUGCUAGAUAG